AUGCAGAUAGCGGUUGUGAACGCGAAGUUUGCGCUCAAUGCUAAUAUUCUGUCCGGAGGGCCAGAAGAGAGUCGUUUUCUGUUGCGGCGUUUAUUUUCUGAGGUGAUGGAUCAGGCCAAGGCGAAAGCUAAGCCUCGAAUGACAGAGGAAGAACGAGCAGCCCUUGCGAAGAAAUUGGACGAUGAUUUGGAACACUUUAUGGAAGAAAUGGCCGCGAAAAAGGUAUUUAAAUUGUAUAUGCUGCUGAACAGACAGAGAAAAAGCCUUUCGAUUUUUGACGAAUGGUGCAGAGACAUCGAUCAACAUCCUGCUUUUAUGAAAGAUCUUGAUGCUGGGCUGAGCGGUCAAUAUGCGGAUACUUUGAGUGCAUUACAGGAUGACAUGGAAGAUAAGCAGUUAAGUGCUGAACGGCAUAAAGAGGAAGGCAAUAAACACUUCAAGUUCAAAAAGUAUCGCUGGGCCACCGAUUGUUAUUCUGAAGGUAACGUUACCGAUGUAGAGAAGAAACAGCUCGACGCUCUAGAGCAGGUCAAAGAAAAAGCCGUUAAUGCGGUAUUGGUGGAGGAACGCAACAAACGAAAAGCUCGUGCAGAAGAAAAGAAGGAUUUAGAAGAAAAACGACGCCUAUUAAAAGCUUUGUCUGAUCGAAAACUCAAUUUUCGACCUCGUCUUCCGUUUAGCCGUCCUGAACUUAUGGAUUGGUCAUUACUAGAGGCUGCUGAACAGACAGAGAAAAAGCCUUUCGAUUUUGACGAGUGGUGCAGAGACAUCGAUCAACAUCCUGCUUUUAUGAAAGAUCUUGAUGCUGGGCUGAAUGGUCAAUAUGCGGAUACUUUGAGUGCAUUACAGGCUCUCAAGUACGAUGAAGAUGACAUGGAAGAUAAGCAGUUAAGUGCUGAACGGCAUAAAGAGGAAGGCAAUAAACACUUCAAGUUCAAAAAGUAUCGCUGGGCCACCGAUUGUUAUUCUGAAGGCAUUAAGGUGCAGUGCAUGGAUUUAAAGUUGAAUUCGGUCCUUUACGGAAAUCGGGCUGCCGCUCAAAAGCACAUUGGCAAUCGACGAUCUGCCAUAAAAGACUGUGCAAUGGCUCUGAAGUUUGACCCUAGAAAUUUGAAGGCGGCAAAUCGAGGUGCAGAGUGUUUGUUGGAACUUGGAUAUGCACAACAAUGUGUAGAUUGGAUUGAGCGGGCCAAGAAAACCUUUGCAUUUACCAAGGAAACUGAAGAAGAAGGUAACGUUACCGAUGUAGAGAAGAAACAGCUCGACGCUCUAGAGCAGGUCAAAGAAAAAGCCGUUAAUGCGGUAUUGGUGGAGGAACGCAACAAACGAAAAGCUCGUGCAGAAGCAGGACAGGUCGACAUACUGACUGAUUGUGACGAAACAGCGCAAAUUGGCUCAGUCUUACGACCUAUGUUCGAAACACCUGCGGAAUGGGAUAAAGACCAUAAAUUCAGGUUAGAAAAUAUUCGUAUGUUUGUGUCAGACGAGUGGAAUGAAUAUGUUCAUGGAAGUUUGGGAAUGGUCAACAUUUACACACGCGAUGAAAUCGAAAAGAAGCUGUCGGAUAUGGGUGAAAAUAAGUUCGUCAUCAAUUAG